AUGGACGGAACAGAGAAAAUGAAAGGUUCACAAUCACAUCAGAGGCACCAUAGCCAUAGCAGGAGCAUAAGCAGGAGUUUUAGCAGAGCAAGUUGGAGAAUGGAAGAAGUGUUUGUGAGUGCCUCGCACUCUCGGAGAAGCAGCCACGCGGAUGAAGAUGAAGAAGCUCUGAAAUGGGCAGCCAUUGAGAAACUGCCCACAUAUGAUCGGCUAAGAACAAGCAUCAUCAAGUCCUGUGUGGAAACAGAACCUCAAGGACAACACCACAACAACAACAAAGUGGUGCAUAAGGAGGUUGACGUUCUAAAGCUCGACAUAAACGACCGUCAAGAUUUCAUUGACAGGAUUUUUAAGGUUGCAGAGGAAGACAAUGAGAAGUUCUUGAAAAAGUUCAGAAGUAGAAUUGAUAAGGUUGGGAUCAGACUUCCAACAGUGGAAGUUAGGUUUGAGCAUUUGAACGUUGAAGCCGAUUGCCAUGUCGGCAGCAGAGCUCUUCCCACCCUCCCAAAUGUUGCUCGGAACAUUGCAGAAUCAGCUCUUGGCUUAAUUGGGAUUAGAUUGGCUAAGAGAACAAAGUUAACAAUUCUCAAAGAAGCCUCUGGCAUUAUUAAACCAUCAAGGAUGGCCCUUUUACUAGGUCCCCCAUCCUCAGGGAAAACAACCCUUUUGCUGGCACUAGCUGGGAAAUUGGACCCAGCCUUGAAGGUUAAAGGAGAAAUCACUUACAAUGGGUACAAGCUGAAUGAAUUUGUGCCACAGAAGACAUCUGCAUACAUUAGCCAAAAUGAUGUUCAUACAGGAGUUAUGACAGUCAAAGAAACCCUAGAUUUUUCAGCAAGGUGCCAAGGGGUUGGUACUCGAUAUGAACUUCUUUCUGAACUUGCUAGAAGAGAAAAGGCCGCUGGAAUAUUUCCAGAGCUAGAAGUGGACCUUUUCAUGAAGGCCACUUCAAUGGGAGGAAUUGAUAGCAGUCUCAUUACUGAUUAUACUCUAAAAAUUUUGGGACUUGAUAUUUGCAAGGAUACAAUUGUUGGAGAUGAGAUGCAGAGAGGGAUUUCUGGUGGGCAGAGAAAACGAGUUACCACAGGUGAGAUGAUUGUGGGGCCUACUAAAACAUUGUUCAUGGAUGAGAUCUCAACGGGUCUAGAUAGCUCCACAACAUUUCAAAUAGUGAAGUGCCUGCAACAAAUUGUACACAUCACUGAGGCCACCAUCUUGAUGUCCCUACUCCAACCCGCUCCUGAGACGUUCGAUCUCUUUGAUGACAUCAUCCUUUUAUCGGAAGGCCAGCUCGUCUACCAGGGCCCACGUGAAAACAUUUUAGAGUUCUUUGAGAGCUGUGGAUUUCGAUGCCCCGAGAGAAAGGGGACUGCUGAUUUCUUGCAAGAGGUUACAUCACGAAAAGACCAAGAACAAUAUUGGAACGACAGAAGGAAGCAAUACAGAUACGUAUCAGUUACAGAAUUUGCAAACAGGUUCAAACGCUUCCAUGUGGGCAUGAGGCUCGAAAAUGAGCUCUCAAUCCCUUUCGACAAACCUCGCGGCCACAAAGCAGCUCUUGUGUUCACAAGAUAUUCAAUACCCAAAAUGGAGCUUCUCAAGGCCUGCUUUGACAAAGAACGACUGCUCAUUAAGAGGAACUCCUUCAUCUACAUCUUCAAGACGGUCCAAAUUAUAAUAGGUGCAUUUAUAGCCUCCACCGUUUUCUUGAGGACCGAAAUGAACACUAGGAAUGAAGAUGAUGCAGCAGUUUAUGUUGGUGCACUUAUAUUUUCCAUGAUCGUUAACAUGUUCAAUGGUUUUGCUGAGCUCUCUUUGACCAUUGCAAGGCUCCCUGUGUUUUACAAGCACAGAGACCUACUCUUCCACCCUGCUUGGACUUUCACUGUCCCAUCUGUCCUGCUUGGGAUUCCUAUAUCCAUCUUGGAAUCUUGUAUUUGGAUCGCCAUUACAUAUUACACCAUUGGAUUUGCACCAGAAGCUAGCAGAUUUUUCAAGCAUCUAUUGUUGGUAUUUUUGCUCCAACAAAUGGCUUCUGGGAUGUUUAGGCUUAUUGCAGGAGUCUGCAGGACCAUGAUCAUAUCGAACACUGGGGGCUCUCUCACCGUGCUCAUUGUUUUCAUGCUUGGAGGUUUCAUAAUUCCUAGAGGUGAAAUUCCCAAGUGGUGGAUUUGGGGAUACUGGGUUUCACCUAUGACAUAUGGCUUCAAUGCUAUGACUGUAAACGAAAUGUAUUCUCCGAGGUGGAUGAACAAACUGGCUUCAGAUAAUGUUACCAGCUUGGGUGUGGCAGUGCUAAAUAACUUUAAUGUUUACCCUGACAAAUACUGGUAUUGGAUUGGAGCUGCCGCUAUUCUUGGGUUUGCAGUUCUCUUCAACGUCCUUUAUACGCUCGCGCUUAUGUACCUAAACGCUCCCGGAAAGCCACAAGCCAUAAUAUCCGAAGAAGUGGCAAACGAAAUGGAGGCAGACCAAGAAGAAUCAAAGGAAGAACCAAGGCUUAGAAGGCCCCCGUCAAAGAAAGACUCAUUUUCUAGAUCUUUAUCUUCUACUGAUGGAAACAACUCAAGAGAAAUGACAAUCCGGAGAAUGAGCAGUCGAUCCAAUGCCAAUGGACUAAGUAGAAAUGCUGAUUCGUCUCUUGAAAUCGCCAGUGGUGUUGCCCCGAAGAGAGGAAUGGUUCUACCCUUCACUCCUCUUGCAAUGUCCUUUGACAGUGUUAAUUAUUAUGUGGACAUGCCCCAGGAAAUGAAGGAAGAAGGAGUGGCAGAGGACAGGCUGCAACUUCUUCGUGAAGUAACUGGUGCAUUUAGGCCUGGGGUCUUGACUGCUCUAAUGGGGGUCAGCGGGGCUGGGAAGACAACUUUGAUGGAUGUCUUAGCAGGAAGAAAGACCGGUGGGUAUAUUGAGGGGGACAUUAGAAUUUCUGGGUACCCUAAGAAGCAAGAAACGUUUGCAAGAAUUUCUGGUUAUUGUGAACAAACAGAUAUCCACUCACCCCAAGUCACUAUCAAAGAGUCACUGAUUUACUCAGCUUUCCUUAGGCUCCCUAAAGAAGUCAACAAUGAGGAAAAGAUGAUUUUUGUAGAUCAAGUGAUGGAAUUAGUCGAGCUAGACGGUCUCAAAGAUGCUUUAGUGGGGCUUCCAGGAAUUUCAGGGUUGUCAACUGAACAAAGAAAGAGGUUAACAAUUGCAGUUGAGCUUGUUGCUAAUCCCUCAAUCAUUUUCAUGGAUGAGCCAACAUCAGGUCUUGAUGCAAGGGCAGCUGCAAUUGUUAUGAGGACUGUUAGAAACACUGUGGACACAGGGAGAACAGUUGUCUGCACAAUUCAUCAGCCUAGCAUUGAUAUCUUUGAGGCCUUUGAUGAGCUGCUACUGUUGAAGAGAGGAGGACAAGUUAUCUACUCGGGACCCUUGGGCCGCAAUUCUCACAAGAUUGUCGAAUAUUUUGAGGCAGUUCCUGGUGUGACAAAAAUCAAAGAGAAGUAUAAUCCAGCCACAUGGAUGCUAGAGGCGAGCUCGGUAUCAACUGAGCUUCGGCUUAGAAUGGACUUUGCUCAAUACUACAAAUCAUCUUCCUUGCACCAGAGAAACAAAGCUUUAGUAAAGGAGUUGAGCACACCACCAGCAGGAGCAAAAGACCUCUAUUUUACUACUCAGUAUUCUCAGUCAUCAUGGAAGCAGUUCACGUCUUGCCUCUGGAAGCAGUGGUGGACUUAUUGGCGAAGUCCUGAUUAUAACCUUGUUAGAUUCUUUUUCACCUUGGUAGCUGCACUUCUGCUUGGAACUAUUUUCUGGAAGGUUGGCACUAAAAGUUUUCUAUCGAGAAAGAGCUGCUGGGAUGUACUCUGCAUUACCUUAUGCACUGGCACAGCGAUAGUGUAUGCUAUGGUGAGCUUCCAAUGGACAGCAGCAAAGUUCUUCUGGUUCUUCUUCAUCAACUUCUUCUCAUUCCUUUACUUCACAUACUACGGAAUGAUGACCGUUUCCAUCACACCAAACCACCAAAUAGCAGCCAUAUUCGCAACAGCAUUUUAUUCGGUCUUCAAUCUCUUCUCAGGUUUCUUCAUCCCAAGACCCAGAAUACCCAAGUGGUGGGUUUGGUACUACUGGAUCUGUCCAGUGGCAUGGACAGUGUAUGGAUUGAUAGUGUCGCAGUAUGGUGAUAUUGAGGAACCCAUUAGAGCACCUGGGAUCACACCUAACCCUACUGUGAAAGGGUACAUAGAAGACCAUUUUGGAUAUGAUCCAAACUUCAUGGGACCAGUGGCUGGGGUUCUGGUUGGCUUCACACUCUUCUUUGCCUUCAUGUUUGCCUACUGCAUAAGGACACUGAACUUCCAAGUUAGAUAG